AUGGCAGAUGGACCCUUGACCAUUGACCCUUGCUUCAAGCUACGGGUGAUCUUAAGUGACAAUGAUAUAAGGAAAAUGACCCUUCCUGGGGUAACUCAUCCGAGUAUUCUUGAGCUGCAUGAGAAGGUGCAGGCUGCGUUUGGGCUUGUAGGGGACUUCAAGCUACAUUACUUUGAUCCGGAUUUUCAAGAGUUCUGCAAUUUAUCAUCUGACGAAGACAUAUUCAACAAAGGGACAGUAAAAGUCAUCUAUACUGCAAUUCCAGAGUCCGACAGCGACGAUUUGACUAACAGUAUAUAUGAUGACCUUCUAAACUCAACCCAAAACUCCAACUCUUCAUGUAAAACAACAUCUCUGAAGUUCGAUGAUUCAGCAUCAGUAUUGUCUUCAUCAGAUACAUCAGUCCUGUCCACACUGGCUGGUAGUGAAACUGAUAUUGAACAAUCACAGAGAACCUGUCCAUGGCCUGAACAUUUUCCAAUUCCUCGCUUCUCCUAUGACACGGAACUCAAACUUUCAAAGGGGAAUAUAAACUAUGGACAUGACAAAACUCUGAUGAACCCUGUAGGUGUGAAAUCAGACAUCCUGGAAAAAAUUGCAGAAGCAAUUUUCCAGUACAAGGCUUAUCCGACAGACUUGCAGUUUUGCUCUGUUGCUCAGGCCUUAGUAACCAAAUAUCCAUGCCUGAAAGAAAUGGGAUCAGUCACUGGAUGGUAUGGCUGGAAGACAAGUUUGAAGUUUAAAAUGGGGAAUUAUCGAACAAAGCUAAGAAAUGUUGGAUGCCCAGAGCUCACUGUCAACUCUUGCAAAAGGAAAGCAGGGAAUGAACAGGCAAAAACUGCAAAGAAUAUCAAAAAGCCGAGGAGAGCCGAGGUUAACUAUUUACCUGACUAUCCUUGCAAUGAAACAGCAGCCACUCUUGAAAGUGAACGACUAACACUCCUUGAGGAUACCAAAAAAAAGGGGAACGAGAAAGAAGUCAAUGACAAAAUGGCAAGAACUUUUCCACAUAGAAGGCAGGAAGUGGUUCUUCAGAAACCGAUGGUGGUGGACUUCAAAGAGCGAUGGCCAGUCUUGUUUACAAACUCGCAGAUUUGCGCUGAGUUUAAACGAAUAACAACUGUCCCUUUGAUGGCAACGUACACAUCGAAAGUGGACAAACACACACCGAAGCUACUGAACCUUUUCCGUGCAAAAGGAGGUGUCAAAGGAAAGAAAAUUAAGACAUUCCUUGAUUGUUUAGACCAGAACAACAGCAUACACAUCCGACGGGAGGUAGUGAUCAAAGGCCUCUGUGAGUUCCUGAACGAGGACUGCGGAACUUUAUUCAAACAAUUUUUGGAUACCCAAGAAGAGGAAAUGAUAAAGGCAAAAGAGGAAUGUACAAUGGGCAUCUUUGUAAUAAAGAAGGAGGGGGCUGCAGAGCAGGAGGAACAGGCAGACAUCAUAGUUGUGCUUGAGGGUGUGGAAGUUCUGAAGGAGGUAACCGAUGUGAGCACAGCAUGUAUGCAGCUAUUUGGCUGCAUAUAUGCUAUGAAUCUAUCAUACCCGACUAACCUAAAAUACUUCUGGGAAGUCAUCCAGAAAGUUUUCAUGGGUCUCGAUGCAACUCGCUUAUCGCCUAAAGUUCAGGCACUGCAAAACAAACUUUGCAUUUAGUGUGGAAAUAUUCCUAUACAGUUUGGUCAUUUUAAAUUUGUGCCUGUUGGUUUGGGGUUUGCCUUUCGAUGUUUACACCAAAACUCCUGAAUGUUCGUUUUCAAAUCUGGGUCUUUAAGAAGGAUUACUUUCAAAAUUGUACCACAAGAAGAACAACACUACAGCUUAAUGCAUUUUAUAUAAAGUUUGAAAGUUUUUAGCAUUACAAAGUUUAUGUUUUAUUGUUAAAAGUGUAAUGCAAAUCUGUCUCUUGGAGACAAAUUAUGGAAAUAUAAGGGAUUUUUUUCAUCAUGCAGCCAUCUUGUUUUCAUUAUUUCAAAGCAGAAUAACCAAAUCAAGGCUGGAAUGGCAAGUAGUGUGGUACCCUCGCUGAUCUCUAUUGGACUGACUGGAUAGCAGGUUGAGAAAUUAAGAUAAUAAGAAAAACAUUGUUUUUUGCAAAAGCACUGAUGAUUUUAACAGUUUCUGGGUGUUUCAAAAUUCAUGGUCUAGUCAUUACAAUAGAGAUCAGUGGGUACCCUUGGUGUGAGAAUUGGUGUCACUGUUAAUUGCAAGCAGCGGCAUAGCCAGGCAUUUUUUAGUGAGGGGGC